AUGCUUGUAUGCUUCCAAACUAUUAUGCAGGAGGAUAAAGAAAACAUAUUGCGAGCUCAGUCUAUAGGGAAAGCUGCAAUUACAGAGCCUUUCAGACUACUUGGCUCCCAUCAUCUCGGUGUAGUGUUUACAUUCCCAGUUUACAAGUCCAAGCUUCCUUCAUCUUCCACAAUACAACAACGAAUUGAAGCAACUGCAGGGUAA